CGGAAGCGGUUUUUUCCAAACUGAAAGACCGCCAUGUAUGGACUGUCCGACAAAAACAAACCAGUGAAAAUUAGGAGUUGUGGCGAAAACAAAAAGUACGGAGUCGCAGCACAAAAUGUAAAGGAGUUAAUUAAAAAGGGAUGCAAGUUAUUGAAGAUCCCACUUGCUGGUGCACAUGUGUGUUUGUAUUCUGAUGGAACAGAAGUGACAGAGGAAUACUUCCAGACUCUGCCUGACAACACUGAGCUGGUCCUUCUGUCCAGACCGCAGACAUGGACUGGAGUUGUGUGUGACAUCAGUCAGUUACUGAGCACGGAUCCAAACGCAGAUGCCGUCAUCGCAGCCGCCAGGCGCCUUCUGGCGGAGCAGCAGUCUCCAAAAUGGCGUAAAAUCCUGAGUGACAUGGUCCAGAACCUGGAGGAUCGAUCAGAGCAGGAGAGCAGAGAGGAGGACCAGGACUGGUUCAGAGGUGUCGAAGCUCGAUUUAAGACAAAGUCUGCCUACAUGAAGUACAACUGUGAAAGCAGAAUGAGAAGUUACAUGAAAGAGGUGGACAACGCUGCCAAAGCCGUAGAGAAAGCUGCAGUUCGAGCAGAGUUUGUGAAAGUGUUAGAGCAGCUGGCACACAUGUUGAAGUCGGCUGGGUACAACGGCCGCUACUUCGACAGGACAGAAAAAGAGCGCCAUCGCCUCUGCACUGGGGAGGGAUGGUUCACCUGCCAGGGACCAUUUGACCAGGCGGCGUGUCUGUCUCUGCACUCCAUCAACCCCUACAGCAGCAGAGACAGCAGGGUGAUGUUCAGCAUGUGGAACCUGGACCACAGGAUUGAGAAGAAGAGGGCCAUCAUCCCGGCACUGCUGGGAGCGCUGCAAAACCACCCGAGCAGCGACCUGAACCUGGACUACUUCUACCGCAUGCUGUUCACCAGGGACAACCUGAAACUGGUCCAGAUCGUGUGUCACAAGAAGGGAGCCCACAACCUGCUGUGUGACGACCAGAAGAUCUACAAAGGGAACACGAAGCAGAAGGCCGGAGGGAAGAGGAGGCGCUUGAACUGAGGCUUUGAAUCCGUUCGAUGAGGUGACACGACACCGCUCGGCUGAGUGAAGGGGAUCUGGAGCCAAACUACCGAGCCGACACAAGUCCAGAGUCAAAAUCACGAAAGCCAUUUAUUUGUUCCCAUGUUGGCACAGUAAUGACAUUGUCAUGACAUUGAUGCAUUGUCUGAAUACAAUGAAACAUUUACUCAGUCCAACAAUUGCAUAGCAGAGUAUGAAGCGCUUGUAUAAAUAAGGCAUGAGCUCAAAGGCAGUAAAAAUAUAGAAAACAUCUGAUUGGAUCAGAAAAUACAAAAUUUAACAAUGGUUGUGCAAAUGACUGUGAACCUCAGGCUUGGAUUCUCUAAGUAUCAGUUAGGUUUUCCACAGUUCACUUAGUACGUUGCAAAAUCAGUGUUUUUACUCUUUUUUUUUUUUUUUUUUCUUUUAAAGUUGUACAAUCUUGAACAGAAUUUUGGUAAAUGUCUUAAGUGUGUACUGAUACUUUUUUCCAGCUGCCACAGAUGUGCUGUUAAAUGAAUGACACCUGCUGAGUGCAGGAUGAAGAGAAUGACAAUCAUCACCAUAAACAUCUGAAGUCAUUUUGUGUUGAGCUACAACACUAAAUGAUUCAGUGUUUAGAUAGAAAACAGUCAAGACCAGUUCGACAGUUUAUGAAACAGACUAUUUUUAUCAUGUUAUGAAUGUUCAAAGGAGUCGGAGGACUGCACUGUGGAAAAAAACUGUCUUUUUGAAAAUAAGAGUUGUACCACUGGGGGUAAAAAAAAAAAAAAGCAAUAUUACAAGAUAGAAAUUACAACAAAAGCUGUAACUGUCUUUGAGAAAAAAGCUCAAUAUUCCAAGACGUGUCAGAGUGAAUAGUUUUUGAUGCUGCCUUUUGUACUUUCAUAUUUUCUAUCAAAUUUCACACAUAAAAUGACGUGCUGUACUUCUGUAACUGUGUUUUUGCCUCUAGUUCUCCGUAUGUAUGAAUGUUUUAUGCACUGCCAUAAAGAAGUUUCACAUCAACUUUGACUGAGGAUGAAACUCACCCUUUAAGCUUCAGACCCACUGAUGGUGAUGAUCAUCACUGAUGGAAAAGUCUUCCUCAUGUUAACACUUUCAGCCUCUCACCCUAACCCUCCUGCUGACAUUAAAUCCUUGUAGAACUGGAUCUGAAAGUCCUGCUUCGGAGCUGCUCUUUGGUCAGUCUGCUCUUCACCCCGUUUAUUCCAUCUGAACAUGACGUGGCAUUUCCACUGCUCUGACAUGUAAAGCUUUUUAGCAGAAAAAUAACUAUUUUAAAGUGACGUCUUUGUAUUCAACUUUGUUUUUCUCAAACUG